AUGGAGAUCGAUGAGGAGGAAGACGCUCCUGUUGCGGAGGAGCUGGACGAGGAAGAGCUUGAAGAAGAUAUUGAGGAGCCAGAGGCCGAGGGAGAGGGCGAGGAAGAAGAAGAUUCAGACGCAGAUGCUCCCGGUGAGGAUGUAGAAGACGAGGAAGAUGACGAUGGAGAAAUCGUCGGUGCUGUUAAGACCAGGUCCAGUCGUUCGAGGGCGAGGAAGACGUCGCAAGACGAGGAAUCAGAAGCCGAAAUCGAUGACCACGAUGCCGAUUCCGAGAACGAAAGCUCUCAAGCCGAAGAGGAAGAUUGGGAAGCGGCCGACGAUGUUGAUGAAGACCAAAAGAUCGGAAAUCCAGAUGCCAAUCGCUGCGUGUAAGUUGCCGUGUUGGACGAAAGGUGUGUGACGCAAAAUUAAUCUCGCUGUGCAGGUUUUGUGAACAAGGAGAGGAGGACGAUCCUAGCGAAGAAUUUGAAGAGUAUCUGGCCUGCUCAGUAUGUGGUGACAAUGGUAAGUGGCCAUAAAACGAAGUGCGAGUUUCGCUUUAAAGAACACAAGAGGUGGAAGAAUUGCGGCAAAGCAACAAAUGAUAUCAAGUUCAAGGGUCCAAGCGCGCUGACUUCCGUUCCUGCAGCCCACCGGCAAUGUGCCAGAGAAGCAGGCUCGCUAGCUUCCGACGAAGGUACGUGAGAUCUGAUCGGCCCACUAACCGAACGAUGCAUUGCCAAGCGGGCACAAUUGAUACUGACAAUCUGUGCAGAUGCCUCACACUGGAGAUGUUCAGAAUGUGUGGCCAACGGUCUGGAAGAGGAUUUCAAGGAUGUUCCUCAAAUGCUCACCAACCGACGCCGUUCCUCAGCACCAAGAAUGGCAAGAGACCUCUUGCCGUCUGCUCGUGGAGGCAUCAAGCCAGGCUCGCACUCUGUAUUCAACACACUUAUCCUUCCCGAUGACGAAAUGGAUGGCUCGAGAUCGCUUAGAAAGCGCAAGACUCCUUCAGACGACGUCGAUGAGCCACCGAGGGCCCCUACCCGGAAGCGAAGAAGGACCACCGAACCACCAGAAGAACAGGACGCCCCUGUCCUCGAAGUCGAUGAAGCGGUAGGGACAACCGCAGUCGACACAGGACAGGAAGCAGACAACUUGGGCGCAACCACGGACGAUCCAGGAUCGCCUAGGUCACGUUCUGGACGGCCGCAGCGCAAUAAGAAUCGCAAGAAGGGCCCCCGAAUUCUGUCACGCUCAGACGAUCCUAAGAGUUGCAUCCUAGCGAUACCGGUCACCGUCGCUCAAUGGGAUCAGAUAGAAAGGGACGUCUUGAAGAAGCAGAAACGUCGUGAACGCGACCGCCAAAGGCGCCUACGCAAUCAGCGGAAUCGAACAGCAACCGUUGAGCCCGAAGAGCCCGCACACUUCCCGACUGUGCAGACGACGAUGUAUACGAACCCAUUCUUCCCAUUCCAGGACCGUGAGGUAGACGAGAAUAAAGGCAAACCGUACGGUGGUAUUCUUACCGAAGCAGAAGCAGAUACAACACGCACUUACCCAGCGGACGCUGAUCGUCAGGCUUUUCAAACAGCUCGUGACAAGGCUGAGCAGGAAUGGAAGCUGAAGAUCGCCCAUGCGAGUGGAGAAACUCCUGCACGAUCGAAGCAGGCUGGCCAGCCUAGCAAAAUCAAGUGUAUCAACUUUGGCCAGUACGAAAUCGACACCUGGCAUGCCGCACCGUACCCAGAGGAGUACAGUCGCAACAAGCACCUCUACAUCUGCGAAUUCUGCCUAAAAUAUAUGAGCUCUGACUAUGUCGCCUGGCGUCAUAAACUUAAGUGCGCCGCAAAGCAUCCGCCUGGAGAUGAGAUAUAUCGUGAUCAGAUCAAGAAUUCAGAGACCGGCGCAGAGACCACUUUGUCCUUCUGGGAAGUCGACGGACGCCGCAAUCCACUGUAUUGCCAAAACCUCUGCCUCUUGGCGAAGCUUUUCCUUGGAUCUAAGACCCUCUACUACGACGUGGAGCCCUUCUUGUUUUAUAUCAUGACUGAGAAUGACGAGUUUGGGUGCCACUUCGUCGGAUACUUUUCCAAGGAGAAGCGCGGUUGCGGCCCACUGCCUGCAAUGGAUGCUAGGAGCUCCUUUGAGGAUAGUCAGCCCAGCCAGGCUCUUCAAGCGAACGGAGCUACUGGUGCAGACCUUGAAGGUACUGCUAACGAUCCAGCGCUCCAAAGCCCUGGCAACAACGUCAGCUGCAUACUCGUACUCCCAGUGCACAUGCGCCGUGGUUUCGGAAGAGUGCUGAUAGAGUUCUCUUACCUUCUCACGAAGGUAGAAGGACGGACUGGAUCACCGGAGAAGCCACUCUCAGACAUGGGACUCGUCUCGUAUCGGUCAUAUUGGCGCACAAUCAUCUGCAGACUGCUGCUCCGCUACAAAGGACAAGAAUCAAUUACGAAUGAGAGUAAGCCUGUCACGAUUGUCCAAAUCGCCAAAGAGACGGGUAUGACACCGGACGACAUCAUCUCAACUCUGGAGGCUCUCCGCUUCCUCGUCCGCGAUCCGAUCUCCAAGACGUACGCCCUGAGGCUCGACUACGACUACAUGAAGGAGUAUGUUGAUAAGCACGAGAAGAAGGCCACCAUCAAAGUAUAUCCAGAGCGUCUUUGCUGGACUCCAUAUGUGAUGGGCAGACCCACCAACCUCUUUGCUAUGGGCGAGGAGACCAACCAGCCUUUGCAGACCGUCGCUAGGAGAGAAGGUCCUGCAGAGGUAGAGGUACCUCCUCGUCCGGAGGAUGGAGUUCAGCAGACUCUCAAAGCCGACAAAGAAGCCGAUGAAGCCAGCAAAGACACGGCUGUGGAUGCCGCGAAUACCACCGAGCUUCCUCCGGGGGCCAACGGAGUGUCACCAAAGAUUCGCAAAAAGACACCACCCGCCCUUGCAUUAACACCACAACCCUCGAUGACCGACCGCCCGCCCACGAACGGCUCACCAAGCCGGCGUUCUCCGCGUAAGACGCCGAACGGCAGCAGCAUGCAUCACGUCGAUUCCGGAGAAGCAAGCCCUGCAUCCUUCAUGUCCGGCUCCGGCUCGCAACCCACUUCCGCGGGAUCCAUUCCACCCACCCGGUUCGAGAUAUUCCCCCCUGUCCCGGGCAUGAUGUCGACUUCUAGACGGCGCCCCGGUAGGCCUGUAGGUAGACGUACUAGCAAUCGCAGCAAUUUUAACACACCUGCGAGGAGGUCUCGGCCUAGCAGCAAUCGAAGCAGCCGCCAUCAACACAGUCCAAGCAAAGGCGCUGCAACUGCCAGUAGCUUGCGCCGCACAAGAAGCAAGCUAGGCGACAUUGCUACUGCUGCCGCGGAUGAUGAGGAUGCCAAAGCCGCCGCAGAGGAAGCCGCAGACCAUGAUGUCGAUGCUGAAGCCUCCGUAGAGAAUCAGGAUGGAGAAGAAGACGCCCUUGGAGAGGAUGAAGAUGCACCCGGGGAGGAGGACGAAGAGAUUCGGUACGAGUGA